CUGCAGCAAAGAAGUUUGCCGCUCAAUUCUGCGGACGUCUGGCGGGAAAGCUUCCUCCUCUGGCGCCUUUUUCGUUUUUUUAUUUAAUUCCGCGCGUGCACUCAUUUGGAAUCCUUUUUUAUUCUUGAUAUCUUUUGCACUAGUAGUAGAACUCUGCAGGCAUGCCUAACUAGUUGUGGCUGAAAUUAUGGGAUGCAUCGUCAUGGCAACAGACCAGACGUCACAAUCUGGGCAUUGCUGCGGAUUUAGCGGCGGCUGACGAGGGGAGGAAGAGCGCCAGGAGGUGGAGGAAGACGAGAGCGGCGUGCCGAGGGUUAACUUUCACUAUUGUCAGCCUAAAAGGAGCUUUUUGGAAAAGGAGGAGGGGGCGAUGAGAUCAAGAUGCCCGGGUCGCUGAGCAAUGAAGACGAGGCGCAGGACGACAUGGAUUUUGACGACGAGAUGCCAGACGAGGAGGACACCCGCCCGGUGCUGCCCCUGGCCUCCAUCGGCAGCUUCUUCUCGGACGACGACGACUCCCUCAAGCAGCAGCAGCAGAAGAAGAAGAAGAGCAAGAAGAUGAAGGAGGGGAAGGUGGCCAAAGUCAAGAAGCGGAAAAAGGAGGGAGGCAUCCAGGUGAGCGUGGAUAGCGAACAGGACCGCGCAUCUGAAGUGGAGGAGGAUGAGCCGGACCGUCCCGAGCGAGGCUCAGGGAGCGACACCGGCAUGUUCGGUCUUCCCAAGAAGAAGAAGAAGAAGCCCAGGGAGAAGAAAGAGAGGAAGCCCAGGAAGAAGAAGCGAGACGAGGAGGACGACGAUGAGGACGAUGACGACGGGAGCAUGAAAGAGCCCAAAUCAUCCAGCCAGUUGAUGCACGAGUGGGGCCUGGAGGACGUCCAGUACGGCUUCACCGAGGACGACUACAAGACUAUCACCAACUACAAAGCCUUCAGCCAGUUCCUCAGACCUCUCAUUGCCAAGAAGAACCCCAAGAUCCCCAUGUCCAAGAUGAUGACGGUCCUGGGAGCCAAGUGGCGCGAGUUCAGCGCCAACAACCCAUUCAAGGGCGCCUCGGCCACCGCCGUGGCCGCCGCUGUUGCCGCUGCCGUGGAAACGGUCACCGUGGCGCCGCCCACCUCUGUUGGCCAGCUGGGCGCUCCGCUUGGGCCCAUCAAAAAAGCCAAAACCAAAGAGGGAAAAGGGCCCGGUGCUCGAAAGAGGAGCAAAAGUGCAAAAGACAUGAAGAAGAAAGUGAAAGCAAAGAAGACCAAAUCCAAGUCGGGACAAAGUGGCAAGAAGAAGAAGACAUCCUCGAGUGACGAAGACUUUCUAGACGAGUCAGACUUUGACGACAUCAGCAUCCUCAGUGCCUCGGUGCUUUGCGACGCCUCGGGACCCAUCGCCGCCAAGAAAAAGGCCAGACGUGGACGCAAAAAGAGGAAAAAGGAGGACGGCGACGGCUACGAGACGGACCACCAGGACUACUGUGAGGUGUGUCAGCAGGGCGGCGAAAUCAUCCUGUGCGAUACUUGUCCACGGGCGUACCACCUGGUGUGCCUGGAACCAGAGUUGGAGAAGGCUCCCGAGGGCAAAUGGAGCUGUCCGCACUGUGAGAAGGAGGGCAUCCAGUGGGAAGCCAAAGAUGAAGAGGACGAGGAGGAAGACGAAGCAGGAGGGGAGGAAGAGGACGACCACAUGGAGUUUUGCCGAGUGUGUAAGGACGGCGGGGAGCUGCUGUGUUGCGACGCCUGCCCGUCCUCCUACCACAUCCACUGCCUCAACCCGCCGCUGCCCGAGAUUCCCAACGGGGAGUGGAUUUGUCCGCGCUGCUUGUGCUCACCUCUGAAAGGCAAAGUGCAAAAAAUCAUGCACUGGACGUGGGGUGACGCCCCCCUGCCCGCCGAGCCGCCAGCAGGCCCAGACGGUCACCCGCUCGCCGAUCCCCUGAGCAAGCCCCCGCUCAAGGGCCGCCCCGAGCGGGAGUUCCUGGUCAAGUGGGCCGGACUCUCCUACUGGCACUGCUCUUGGGUCAGCGAGCUGCAGUUGGAACUGUACCACACAGUGAUGUACCGCAACUACCAGCGCAAGAACGACAUGGACGAACCGCCGCCGUAUGAUUACGGCUCCGGCGAGGAGGAACUCAACAGCGAAAAGCGCAAGAGCAAAGACCCUCAGUACGCCGCCAUGGAGGAGCGCUUCUACCGAUAUGGCAUCAAGCCCGAGUGGAUGGUCAUUCACCGCAUCCUCAACCACAGUUUUGAUAAAGAGGGCGACGUGCACUACCUGAUCAAGUGGCGGGACCUCCCUUACGACCAGUGCACGUGGGAGGUGGACGACUUUGACGUGCCGGAAUACAACAGCCAUAAAGUGUCCUACUGGGAUCACAGGGAGCAAAUUCUCGGCGAGGACCAGCGCCCCGCCAAAGCGAUGACGCAAAGAGGGGAGCGGCCCAAGCGGGAGAUCCCCCCAGAUGCUCCCAUCAUCGACCCGACCAUCAAGUUCGAGCACCAGCCGUGGUACAUCAACGCCACAGGGGGGACGCUGCACCCGUACCAGCUGGAGGGUCUCAACUGGUUGCGCUUCUCCUGGGCGCAGGGCACCGAUACCAUCCUGGCUGACGAGAUGGGCCUGGGCAAGACCGUGCAGACCAUCGUAUUUCUCUACUCGCUCUACAAAGAGGGUCACUCCAAGGGCCCCUUCCUGGUGAGCGCGCCGCUGUCCACCAUCAUCAACUGGGAGCGCGAGUUUGAGAUGUGGGCCCCCGACUUCUACGUGCUCACCUACACCGGAGACAAAGAUAGCCGCGCCAUCAUCAGGGAGAACGAGUUCACCUUCGAGGACAGCGCCGUCAAGUUGGGACGCAAAGCUUUCCGCAUGAAGAAAGACACGCCCAUCAAGUUCCACGUGCUGCUGACGUCCUACGAGCUGAUUACCAUCGAUCAAGCCAUCUUGGGAUCCAUCACCUGGGCUUGUCUGGUGGUGGACGAGGCCCACAGGCUGAAGAACAACCAGUCCAAGUUUUUCCGAAUCCUCAAUGGCUACAAGAUCUACUAUAAGCUGCUGCUCACCGGAACUCCUCUCCAGAACAACCUGGAGGAACUUUUCCACUUGCUCAACUUCCUCACGCCGGAGCGCUUCAAUAACCUUGAGGGCUUCCUGGAGGAGUUUGCUGACAUCUCCAAGGAAGACCAGAUCAAGAAGCUCCACGACCUGCUGGGCCCACACAUGCUCCGGAGGCUCAAGGCGGACGUCUUUAAGAACAUGCCGGCCAAGACGGAGCUGAUUGUGCGAGUGGAGCUCAGCCCCAUGCAGAAGAAGUACUAUAAGUUCAUCUUGACGCGGAACUUUGAGGCUCUCAACUCCAAAGGCGGAGGCAACCAAGUCUCCCUGCUCAACAUCAUGAUGGACCUGAAGAAGUGCUGCAACCACCCCUACCUGUUCCCCGUGGCCGCUGUGGAGGCUCCCGUUUUGCCCAACGGCUCGUACGAUGGCAACCAGCUGGUCAAGUCGUCGGGAAAGCUGACGCUGCUGCAGAAAAUGCUGAAGAAGCUCAAGGAUGAAGGCCACAGAGUUCUCAUUUUCUCCCAGAUGACCAAGAUGUUGGAUCUGCUGGAGGACUUUCUGGAGUUUGAAGGUUAUAAAUACGAGCGCAUCGACGGCGGCAUCACCGGAGGCCUGCGGCAGGAGGCCAUCGACCGCUUCAAUGCGCCGGGCGCUCAGCAGUUCUGCUUCCUGCUCUCAACCCGAGCCGGAGGUCUAGGAAUCAAUCUGGCCAGCGCGGACACCGUCAUCAUCUACGACUCAGACUGGAACCCUCACAAUGACAUCCAAGCUUUCAGCAGAGCGCACCGCAUUGGCCAGAACAGGAAGGUGAUGAUCUACCGAUUUGUGACGAGGGGCUCGGUGGAGGAGAGGAUCACUCAGGUGGCCAAGAGGAAGAUGAUGCUGACCCACCUGGUGGUGCGGCCCGGUCUGGGCUCCAAGACGGGCUCCAUGUCCAAGCAGGAGCUGGACGACAUCCUCAAGUUUGGCACGGAGGAGCUCUUUAAGGACGAGAUGGAGGCGGCUCGCAACAUGGGCGGCGACAACAAAGACGGCGAGGAGGGCAACGUGAUCCACUACGAUGACGACGCCAUUUCCAAGCUACUGGACCGCAGCCAGGACGCCACGGAAGACACGGAGAUCCAGAACAUGAACGAGUACCUCAGCUCCUUCAAGGUGGCCCAAUACGUGGUCAAAGAGGAGGACGGGGAGGAGGAGGUGGAGCGCGAGAUUAUCAAGCAGGAGGAGAACGUGGACCCGGACUAUUGGGAGAAACUCCUGCGCCACCACUACGAGCAGCAGCAGGAAGAUCUGGCCCGCAACCUGGGCAAGGGCAAGCGCAUCCGCAAACAAGUCAACUACAACGACACCACCCAGGAGGACCAAGAGUGGCAGGAUGAUGUUUCAGACAACCAGUCGGAGUACUCGGUGGGGUCCGAGGACGAGGACGAAGACUUCGAGGAGAGGCCGGAAGGUGGGCGCCGACACUCUCGCCGCCAUCUGAGGAAUGACAAAGACAAGCCCUUGCCCCCCCUGCUGGCCCGAGUUGGCGGCAGCAUUGAGGUUCUGGGCUUCAACGCCCGGCAGAGGAAAGCCUUCCUGAACGCCAUCAUGCGCUGGGGCAUGCCCCCGCAGGACGCCUUCACUUCCCACUGGAUUGUGCGAGACCUGAGAGGGAAAAGCGAGCGCGAGUUCAGGGCCUACGUGUCUCUGUUCAUGCGACACCUGUGCGAGCCCGGCGCCGACGGAGCCGAGACGUUCGCCGACGGCGUCCCGCGCGAGGGCCUGUCACGCCAGCACGUGCUCACCAGAAUUGGAGUCAUGUCGCUUGUCAGGAAAAAGGUGCAAGAGUUUGAGCACGUCAACGGAAAGUUGAGCUCGCCGGACCUGAUCCCGAUCGGCAUGGAGCUGAAGAAACUGACCGAGAGCGUUUCGUCAGACCCCAACACCCCGCUGCAGGCCAGCCCGAUCGCCACGCAGCCCGGCACCCCUGACCUGCCAGAAAAGAUCGAGGGUCCCACUGAGGACAAGGACGCAGCUGAGCAAGACAGCAAGAAACAGUUGGAGCCAGAAACUUGUAUAGCGCCGACACAUGCACACGAAGAGGAGGAGGAAGCGCACCGACGCCAGGAGAAGGACUCGGCGGACGGCGACGAGAGCAUGGCGACCUCUGAGGAGAAAACGGGACGAGACGACAAGGAGGACAAACAGGCGGACGGUCGGAGCUCACCUACAAGUGAGACUCGGCCUACAUGUGAGAGUCGGCCCAAAGACUCAGAAAAGCCUCCUGAGAGAGGAGAAAGCAAGGAGAAGGAGAGCAAAGCAGAUGAGGUGAAAAGCGAGGACGCUGCCGCCGCUGCAGAUGCUCGCCUAAACGGUGACAAAGACACAGUGGACGAAAUGGAGGACGCCAGGAAGGAGGACAAGAGCGGAUUCAAGACCAAGUUCAUGUUCAAUAUCGCCGAUGGAGGCUUCACAGAGUUGCACACGCUGUGGCAGACGGAAGAGCGAGCGGCGCUGUCGUCCGGCAAGAUGCCCGACAUCUGGCACCGUCGCCACGACUACUGGCUGCUGGCGGGCAUCGUCACGCACGGUUACGCUCGCUGGCAGGAUAUCCAGAACGACCCACGCUACGCCAUCCUCAAUGAGCCCUUCAAGAGCGAGAUGCACAAGGGCAACUACCUGGAGAUGAAGAACAAGUUCCUGGCCCGCCGAUUCAAGUUGCUGGAGCAGGCGCUGGUGAUCGAGGAGCAGCUCCGGCGUGCCGCCUACCUCAACAUGAGCCAAGACCCCGGGCAUCCCGCCAUGGCUCUCAACACGCGCUUCACCGAGGUGGAGUGUCUGGCCGAGUCCCACCAGCACCUGUCCAAAGAGUCCCUGGGUGGCAACAAGCCCGCCAACGCCGUGCUGCACAAAGUGCUGAACCAGCUGGAGGAGCUGCUAAGUGACAUGAAGGCCGAUGUGACGCGGCUGCCAAACAUGUUGUCCCGCAUCCCGCCCGUGUCGGCUCGACUGCAGAUGUCUGAGCGCAGCAUCCUGAGCCGCCUCACCAGCCGGGGCGGCGAGCCUCCGCCGCAGCAGACUUUCAGCCAGGGAGGCUUCACAUGCUCCCAGUUGUACGGAGGCACAUUCGGGGGUGCAUUCAGGGGACCCGGAGGGCAGCCCAUGGUCAAUUACAGUCAGAUGCCUCUGGGGCCAUACGUCAGUGUGUCCAACGGUCCUCCCAGCAGCCACCUGGACAAGAAGACCUUCGAGUCCCUGCGAGACGCGGCCACACCCGACCUGAAGUCCGGCAAAGCCAGCGACGUCAUCUGCAUUGAGGACUGAGACGCUCUCUCCUUUCAUUUGAUUUGUUUUUCUUUUCAUUUUCAGACAUAUUGAAUCUGAAGAAUUGCACUUUUACCUUUGCAGAGGUUUUUUAACUUGAUAUUUUGACUGAAAAGCCUCAGACGAGAUGUCAGGACUGAGGUAAAAUGUGACUUUUUCCUCAUUUCUUUCUCCCCAGUGGACGUUUGAGCACUGUAUGUGUUGUCAUUGACUUAGUGUUGAUUUUCUCAAAGUCUCUUCAUGGAUGCAGUAGAAGGCUGGAAGUGCGCCACCCCCUGGUCGCGAUGGUCUUGACCUCACGUGGAUGGCCAAAUUAGCGACACCUGCAGGACCUUUGAUGCAUUGCAGCGUGUUUUAUAUGUAUGAUAAUGGUGAUGUUUUCCGUUUUUUCCCAGCGUUUGUUGCACCCUCAUUGAAACUGAUUCAUUUGCCUUCAUUUGUGGGACUGUUAUUCCGAGAUUUUUUUAAUAUAUUUACAUUUUCCCCUGCACAAAAAAAGAUGACUUUUGCUUGGUUUUGAUUGUUUUAAGACUGCAAUGGGACCAUCAAAGCUAUAUUGUGUCCUCAGUCCUCCGUGAAAGUUUGUGGUUUUUGGUUUUGAUAGGCUUGACACCCUAACUGGAAGCCCUGUCUUGAAAGCCAGGUGGUUUCAAGGCAGAGAUGGGAGCAUCAAAGCUUAGUUUGGCCACACUCCUGGUGUUGUUGAAUUCAGUAGGAUUUCUGUUUUCAAGGCUCGGAACCCUAACCCUGUAUCCAAAUCCCGACCCAAUUGCCAUCCAAGCUCAAUUUUGGCUUCAGUCAUCUCCAAUCGUUUGUGGUUUUGUGUCUAAUGGAGAAUGUUGUCCAAGGCUUGCAACCAUAACUUGAAAACCUAGUAUGAGUUAGAAAACCCAAACUAAGAGGCUUUAAGACUGCAACCGCGCCAUCACUCCUUGCCUCAGUCCUUCACGACCGUCAGUUGUUUCAACUUCAGCUGCAAUCCUCACUCCUGUCUUCAAACCCUAUUUUUUUGUCGCUAACCACAGUAAGGCGGCACCCCUAAGCCAGCUGGUUUCAAGACCACAAUGGGUCCAUCAAAGUUCAGCUCUGGCCUUGGUUCUAAUUUUAUGGUUUUGUGUCAGUUUGUCACAUCAAGAUGAAAUGUUGUAAAGACUUGAAACCCUAAUCCUGUCUUGAAACCUUGAAAUGAAGCUCAGUUUUGCUAUACAAUGACCAUGGGCCCAUGAUUUUUACAAUCUAUUUCCACAAUGCGUAAGAUGUGUGUAACAAACGGAAUGAUGACCCCUUUGAGAUGAUUGUGACGGAAGGUCCGGUCAGAUGACCUUCUGGAAUUAUUGUCCAGUUAUGGAUGUGUAAGAACCUCAAUGCCCCCGCCCCAAGCAUACUAUUUAUUUCAUGUGAAAACUGUGUUUGAAAGCAUCUUUUUCUUUUUGCACUAUUUGUUGUUUUUGUUGUUGUCGCAAACAACUGGUGUUGCGGACGAAACCUCAGAACCGUGUAAAUAAAGCGUCAAAAUUCAAAUAAAAAAUGAAUGUCGGCCGCGCCGUCACCUCAAAGGGACAUCAGCGACAACAUAUUCUGAUCAAAUGCAAUCAAACUGGAGUCAGGAUGAAUGUACUGUCUACAAAAAACAAACAAAGCAAGACUUCAGUCUAAUAUUAUAAAUAUUGCGUAUGUACAUGCUUCAAAUGAACACGGCUUCAAAAGCUAGAAAAAGAAAAGAAAAAAAAAGACCUUGACGAGGCACCUUUUGUUGCAGCGAAUGCACAGCUUCUGAAGCUUUUUCUAUGGCGGUUCACUUUGGGGCUGGUGGGGCGUCCCAAGACGCGCAGGCACGUUCUUCUUCUGACUUGUGCUGUAAAGCGACUGGACGACAAAGUGAAUGGUCAUCUUUUGAUUUGUACUGUGGAUUUGUCUCAUUGUGUUUUAAUAAAUCUUCCGACGACAG